GAGUGUUGGGAACACUGGUUUACAACUACAUAAUAUUAUUAUACAUAAUUUUUAACAUGUGGAAUGGGUUAUGUCGUGCUGCAAUAUUAACCAAAAUUUAAUUUGUUUUUAUAAAUUAGAAUAUUUUAAAGAAUAAUUUGAAUUAGUUUAUAUUUUAAGCUAUGACUAAACGAAAAAAUGAUAGUAGUAGUGAUAACUGCGAGGUUAAAUCUACAAAGAAAUCUAAUUCAAUAAAUCAGUCCUACAUUCAAACAGCAAAUUUAAUGUCUAAAACAAAGCUAUUUGAUAGGGGUUUAAGCUUGAACCCGAAUGGGAUAUUACCAAAUAUUAAAGUGGAAAAUCCUUCUGAACGUAGUGAAAGCGAAGAAGUUUCUCCAAAACCUAAAAAAAAGUCUAAAUCAAAAAACAAACAGAUAGAUAAUACUGUUAUAAGUGAUAAUGAAAGAGAGUCCACUAUAGCAUUAUUACUAAACGAGACUAAAGAAAAGGUUUUGAAAAAUAAAUCGAAAAAAUCAUCAAAACAUAAGAAUCAAGAUUUACAGAAUGAUGCUGUUUCUAUGAAAGUAUUAGCCAAUAUUAAAAGUGAAAUCGAAGAAGAAUAUUCUGUAGAUUCUAAUGAAGCACAAAAUGUUGAUACUAAUGAGGAAUACCUAAACGGAAAUUAUGGAGUGACUUACAUUAAUCAGGAACAGGAAGAUGAAAACAUUGUGUCUUCGGUGGAAAAAAAAAUUCAUCUAUUACAGGAUAUCAGGCUCAUUCCAGUAAAGGACCUAACUGCCCAGGAGCAGCUCAAUGAAUUAUACCCCAAAUUAAGGAAAAUUGAUUUACAUACUAAAAUGAAAGUGAAAGAUUCAGUUGAUGUUUAUUUACUGCAUGUGCCUAAAAGUGUGAAUCCAGAAAACUUAUUGAAUUCAGAAAUAAAUCUGGAAGAGAGCUGUAGGGUUAACAUAGAUGGUGACAGUUAUACAAUUAAACCGACAUCCAACGUACCCGACCCAACUCUUUUGUUGAAUAAUAAGACAGAAAUACUACAUUUCAAAAAAAAUCUUGUAUUGGAAAAAUAUAUAAAGGCUAAUAAAGAACCUAAGAUACCAUCGAAGGAAAAAUUUAUAGUGCCUCUACCGAGUCACUUGAAAAACCGUCAUCCGUUGUUUGGGUCUAAUUAUGAAGAUAGAAUACAAUUAGAUGAAACAAUUGAGGAGAAACUAGAUGAAGCAUUGAAGAAUUUACUAAAACCUUCCAAGAGCAAAAAACAUAAGAAAGUCGAAAAAGCAAGUAACGCUAUGGGUCAUAGUACACUAUUACCAGAUGUUUCGCUAACUAAUGAUUUUAGUUUUGAUUUGAGUUCCAUUUCAUCAACAAAGAAGACAAAGAAGAUCAAACAGGAAAACGAUGAUUAUUCCUUUAUUGCUGAUCUUUUUAAAACCGAAGAUCAGAAACAGAAAAAACAGAAAAUUAGUAAAAACAAAAAAGAUAUAGCGCACAGCGAAGAAGUAAAUGAUGAAAUAAAAGUAUUUAAAAGGAAGUUAGAGCCACUGGACUCUAGUCCAAAGAAAAAGAAAAAGAAAAAAUAAAAUGUUUUUUAACGUUUUUUCAAUUGCAUAUAUAUUUUUAAAAAGAGAA